AUGACAGCCUUCAGUCUCAUCGUUUCCAUAACUGCGAUUUCCUGUCUAAUUUUGAAUACAGUUGCGGUAUCCAACCACCGUAGUUUGGCCUUUGCGGUGCCAGAACACCACGACGAAAGCGCCGGUAAAGGAAAACAUAUUGCUGCUUGGACUGCCACUGCCACUCUCGCCCUCUCGUUGACCAGGAUACCGCUUGCGAUGGCAGAAGAUAGCACCAAUUUCCAACAGGGCGCUAGACUUUUUGAAUCGAAUUGUGCUUUAUGUCACAUGAACGGUGCGAAAACUCUAAAGAGCGCCGCGGAGCAAAAGUUUGACAAUCUCAACCCAGCCACCCUGCUGACAUACUUGGAGAACGAGCAACCACACAAAAUUAUGCCGUUUCACUCUACUUUUUCUGACAAGGACUAUCAGGAAGUGACUUCGCAUGUACUCGACCAGCCCAUCGACCAAAACUAA